AUGAUUGCUGUCCCCGAAUACGUCGACACUCACACCCACGAUGCCCUGGAAGUUUCCAACAUCAGCUGCUCAAUCUCCUACCAAGAGCACGAAGGCCACAGUCGCACAAGUAGGGUAGUUUCUCGCUGGGACACAUCCGACAAGGAGGGCUACAAUGCCAUGCCGAGGAAACCAACCCGCGGAUCUGCCGCCAGCAAACUGCCACUGCGACCCGCUCACUUUCGAUUGCUAGAAGAAGAAGAACACGACGAUGAUCCCACCAAUCACGACAUGGGCUGGGACAGAUGGCGUGCUGUCCCCAGGAUGACCCGAGGCGACAGUACCCGUACUGCCUUUUCCAUGGGCAGACAGUCAACAGCUACGUGCGCUUCUGGCUGGGGCCUCAUCUCUGACGUUAUGAAGGAGGAAGACGAGGGAGACGCCUCUGAUGAGCUCUCCAUCGAAGGAGAUGAGACCAAGGCAAUUGGUUCUCCGGUGCACCCUCCUGGUUAUGCCAGUCGACGCAGUACUAGUUCAGCUUCACCGAAAAGAAAACGACCCGAAAGGAUUGCUGCGCCGAAAUCGUUCGAAGAAAGCGAUGUACGUGUUGGAAACCUCAAUACAGAGGGGAUGAAGCAACGACCGUCGCCACCCGCAGCCUGA